AUGGAUCCAGUCACACAGCAAUGGCCCAAUCGGCGACUCGAAGUCCUGAUACCAAUGUGGUCGAUGGCGGUGAUCGCUACCGUAUUUCUUGUAUGGAGAGUUGUCUACGGCUUUUCUCGAUCUCGCAGAUUCAUGACUAGUGAUUAUCUGUUGAUCGUCGCAGGUGCUCUGAACAUCACCGCAACAUCCCUUACCCAAGUCAUCACAGACAAUGGACUGGGUCGCCAUAUUAUGGACCCCACGGUCUUGCCCAAUAUCUUGAAGUAUAGCUACUAUUUAUGGAUCACUCAGAUCGUCAAUAUCAUUGCAAUGGCCUUUUUGAAGUGGGCCAUCUGUGCAUGGCUGCUUGUCCUGAACUUUUCUAAGAUCUACCAGGUCAUCAUCUGGCUGUCCAUCCUGAUGGUCACGGCCUUAAACUUCUUGGCCCCUGUCUUCACACUGUUUGGAUGCACGCCAUUGGAGAAGAACUGGAACUUUGGGUUUAAAGGAGAGAGUCACUGCUGGGCCAAAGGCACCCUCCCGCAGUCCUACGCCCAGGGCAUCAGCAAUGUUGUUACUGAUGUUGUUUACAUGGCUGCACCCCUGAUCUAUCUAUCACACGUGCAACUGAGCCGACGAACUCAGUGGGGGAUUCGUGUUGUUUUUCUGCUCAGUAUCCCUGCCACAAUCUGCUCCAUCUUCAAGACUAUUGAGCUCAAAACCAUCGUCUCAACCAGAGACCCAACCUGGGAUGGAGUACCGUUGACCGUCUGGUCCGGCGCCGAACUCUCCCUCGGCAUCACAAUCGCAUCGCUGCCACCCCUUCGCAAAGCCUUUGACCACUUCUUCUCCAAGAUUCUCCCAUCGACCCUGACCGGCUCAGGCAGGACCAAAGCCUACGGGUAUGGUGGUAACUCUACAAUCGGGGGCGGCGCCGCAGGAAGCAACGGCAUUCCCUUGAAAAACUUCCAAGGCAGCAAAGCCUACCACUCGCGUAUCCCCGGCGAAAGCGUCCUCGACGACGAAAGCGACCGCGCCAUCCUCACCGACGAAGAAGAACAUAAGGGACCAGGUAUCAUGAAGAGUAUGAACGUCGAAGUGCGAGUCAGCGAGCAUGGUCUCCCCUCAGGACUGCAUCCCGCUAGCGAAAGCAGCAGAUCAAGCGGCGACGCACCACCCAUCACGAAAACUUUCGAGUCCCCGCGAAUCGACUGGUCGAGCCCGCACAUUGAGAGCGGAAGCGGCGGUCCCGGUUCUCGCGUACGAUGA